UGUGUCCCAGGCACUUAUGGCAUAUACAGCAAAUAUGGCUGUAAAGAUAGUGCUGUCUCAAUUAACACCGGCAUGUCCUAUGGCCAGUCUGUCUCCUCAGGCAGUGGUAUUCAAAAGCCAGUGUCCUAUCCCGACAGCAAACCUUAUCCACCUGUGCGUGAAACUUUCCCAUCGAUCUUGGCCAAUUCUGGACAUGGCAGCAUUAUCCAUGUACAAGGUGGACAAAAAGUCAAUCCUUGUGAUAGAAGUUCCUCUUCCUACAACAUCGUUAUCUGUAAACUGAUACUAUCUUCUACCUCACAGAACAGCAAAACCAAUGGCCACCAGGGUGGAUCGUCUUCUUCCGGUGUCAGUAAGGGUUGUGGAGAGUGCAAAGAACCAGAGAGACUGACAUUGGCUAUUGUACUGAACAGCAAUGGCCUCAGUUAG